AUGGACGGAACCCUCCUCAACACCGAGGAUAUCUACACCGAGGCAACCACACAGGUGUUGUCCCGGUAUGGAUUAGGUAAACUCACGUGGGAUAUCAAGCUUGAUCUCCAGGGGCGGCCAGGGCAUGAGGCCACCAAACGUCUUUUGGCUCACUACAAGUUGGACGUUUCGCCCGAGGAGUUUUCGGCACAAACAACGGAGGUGCAAAACAAGUUGUGGAACUCGGCGCAGUUCUUGGACGGUGCACUUGAGCUUCUCCAGGCUCUCAAGCUGAGAAACGUUCCCAUGGCCUUGGGAACCAGUUCUGCCAGAGACAAGUAUUUCCAGAAAACGGCACUUCAUCGCGAGGCGUUUGAAAUGUUUGGCACUCAUGUAGUCACCGGCGACGAUCCACGUAUUCCACCAGGAAGAGGCAAGCCUGAGGCCGAUAUUUGGCUUGUGUGCUUGCAGAGUCUCAAUGAGGAAAGAGUGGCCGAGGGACUCGAGCCCAUUGCGAUUGAGGAGUGUCUCAUUUUCGAGGAUGGCAUUCCCGGAGUGAUUCUGGGCAAAAACGCCAACGGGCACGUCAUUUGGAUUCCUCAUCCAGAGGCGGUAGUAGCAUUAGACGGGAAGGAGUUAGAGAUUCUUCCUGAGAAGGGAGAGCUUCUUGCCUCGUUGCGGGACUUCGAUGCUGAAAAAUACGGACUUUAG